AUGUUGAAACGAUGGCUAUCCGUCAACAAGUCUAGCAAAAAGAGGAUACAGGGCAAACAACCUGGGGUGGAAAGUCACUCGCAAUCGAACGGCAAUGGAGACGGCCUUCCGUCGAAUAUUGAGAUUUCGUCGAAACCGCUUCCAAAUAUAAAGAGUGGCGAGAAGAGAAAGGCGUCUUCUUCAUCCUCGAAUCGUCAAUUAUCCUCUACCCCGAGUGAGAUACAUUCUGUCAAUGAGACGUUUCAAAGUGGGAACAGUGCAUCUCUGGACGGACUCUCAGAUUUGGAUAUACCCGAGCUUUUAACAGCUAAAGUCUCGGAAGGUUUGCCAUUUGGCGAAGGUUCGAACAAGGUUUUUGGUUACGAAAAUUUCGGAAAUACAUGCUAUUGCAAUUCCGUUUUGCAGUGCCUAUAUAAUAUACCAGAAUUUAGGACGUUCAUAUUACAAUAUCCAGAUAGAAAUCCAGAAGCUAAGAGAAAACGGAAAUAUGAAAUGCCUGGAAGCAAGCCAAGAUACUUCACGGAAUCAAGCUUUGAGUCUAAUACUUCUGUUAACAACUCCAACGAUCAUCAUCAAAAAAAUAAAAGCCACAUUCCUGCUGGCAGCACCAGCUAUUGUAACCAAAAUAAUUGUGGUAAUAGCUGCAGUGGCUCUACAGUUAAUUCUUCCAAUAACCAUAGUGGCGAUCAGACUCAGAACAGCAAUUCAGAGAGACCGGUACAUUCAGUCAGACGAAAUUCCUCGUUUAUGCUUGGAAAACAUGGGAAGGGUGGUAAUCAUGCUAUCAACAAUGAUGAUACUAACCAGCCUCAUCAAAAUGGAUUCCAUAGCAGCCAUGUUAAACAUCAACACACUCAGGAACAUUCGGAUAGCCAUUCUCAUGAUUCCGGUAGAGAUACACCACCUGUGCAUGCAACAAUUAUGGCAUCAGAUGCGAUUAGCGAAAAGCUUCACGCAAGCUCACAGAAGGUUAUUGUCGGAAGACCAUUUAGUACUCUACUGAGUACGACGGCGGAGAUUGAGGGAGCGAAUAAGCAUGUGGCGACUAUAGAGGAUACAGAAGGGGGGGAAUCAAAUGUAUCCAUUAUUAAACAUCAUGGGAACCCUCAGAUUUUCUCAAGUGAACAGAGGAAAAAAUAUGCACUGCUAAGGGGCCCUGUACUAAACAUUGAUCACUUGCUAAACGAAUCCGGUGAAUCUAAUCUUCUUUACAGUCUCAAAGAUAUAUUUGAAAGCAUAACUGAGAAUACCUGUUUAACCGGAGUCGUUUCCCCAAUACAUUUUGUUGAAGUUUUAAAAAGAGAAAAUAUUCUUUUCAAUACAACAAUGCACCAAGAUGCUCACGAAUUUUUGAAUUUCUUAUUAAAUCAGUUAAGUGACUACAUUCAAAACGAUAUAAACAAAUCUCCAAAACCUGAUGAAAAUGAGAACUUUAUAAAUAUUCUUUUCCAAGGCACGCUAAUCAACAGUAUAAAAUGUCUCACAUGUGAUAACACUACAUCAAGAAUAGAACCUUUCCUAGAUUUCCCUGUUGAGGUAAAGGACGACGAAGAAACAGAUAUUCAAGCAGUUCUACAAGGAUAUCGACAGCGUGAGAUGUUGUCUGGAUCAAAUAAAUUCUACUGUGAUGAAUGUUGUGGUUUGCAAGAAGCGGAACGAGUUGUCGGUUUAAAACAGCUUCCGCGCAUUCUAGCCCUGCACUUGAAGAGAUUCAAGUACUCGGAGAAACAAAAUUGCAACAUAAAACUUUUCAAUAGGGUACGUUAUCCUUUGAUUUUGAAUGUUCGCUCAAUUUUCUCAAAUAUUUCUAAGACAUACGAAUUGACAGGCAUUGUUGUUCACAUGGGUGGUGGGCCACAACAUGGGCAUUACGUGUCUCUUUGUAAGAAUGAAAAUUUCGGCUGGUUGCUCUUUGAUGAUGAAACGGUGGAAUCAGUAAGUGACGAUACUGUACUAAAAUUUGUCGGUUGCUCACAUACAUUAACAACAGCUUACGUUUUGUUCUACAAAGAAAUAGCUGCUUCGAAGGAAAGCAUCUCGAGUAGUCGCUUACUGAAGCAGAAAGAAAUUGAGGAGAACCUCGAUAAACUCAUCAAGUAUGACGAUUUAAUCACAGAAAUUUCGCAGAAAGCGAAAACUCCAGUAAUCGUAGAGGCUGACACAACUGAAGAAGUCUCUGAAAUGCCCAUGCCUCGCUUUGAUUUCGAACGGAAUACAUCCACGUCUUCAUCGACCGGCAAGGCAAGACCAAAAUCAAGGCUAUUUAACUUUAUGAAAAAUUGA